AUGGCCGAUAACCGUACUGGCUUCCAAGACGCGCCACUGUUGGCCCUAAUCGCGGAGGGCAAUUUAACAGAGCGGUUGCAGCCCGAAUCACCCGAAUCAUCGGAUACAGAACAACAGAGUAUUGGUGACGUCGUCCAUCUGCCCCAGGGUCUGAUGUUGCAGGACGAAGACCUUGUGACGCUCCUUGCGGCGACGGAGCAAUUCUGGCCUAUCUGGCCACCCUGGCAGUAUGGCACCCUUCCUCCGACCAUGCGCACUCUCCAGACCGGUGGAGUGAUAUUUGCUGCUUGCUUUCUGUCCCAAAUGGCAAGGUCUAGUAGCCAUUGCAUCGCGGCCAAGGCCUUACUCUGGCUGUCGUUGUGUGUUCAACAGGCGCCCAUGACGCUGCAGCUGACACGAUGUUUACUCUUGCAGGAGGCUCUUCUCGCCUCUUAUAUGCGAACCGCCGAAAGUCUGCUGGCGUCGGCGUCGGGCAAGGGUGAGACGCUGCACGGGAUUGAGGCCCGUCUCAUCCAGCAGAAGCUCUACAUGAAUAUGGGCCGGCCACGACGGGCCUGGCUCAGCCUUCGUCGUGCCGCCGAUGAGGCGAUGCUCCUGCGGCUCCACCGCAGCCCAGAACAAAUCAAUGGAGGAGGAGGAGGAGGAGAGAGACACCGGGAGGUAGCCAUCUGGACCGAGAUUUGGCAUCUCGAGACCAAUUUCGCGCUGAUACUAGGCCUACCGAAUACCGUUCCGGGUUUCACCUCGAGCACGAGCUACGAAAGCCCGCUUUGUAUGUUCCAGCACAGGUUAGGUGGCCUCGCUGCGUCUGUCGUGGCCAGAAACCAGAGCGCGCAGCCGAGUUACUUCGCGACCGUGGAGUUAGGCCACGAGCUUGAACAGUGUCGCGGCCUCAUGCCCGAUAUCUGGUGGAACGAGCUGCCUCAGCUGGAUCAGUCCUUUGUGCAAGUCUUUGCUCGACAGGCGACAAAGAUACAGUAUUUUCUCAUCGUCAAGCUGCUACACCUGCCUUUCAUGCUUAGCGCUAACGACGGGCACAAGUAUAGCCGCACAUCGGCCGCUGCUGCAUCACGAGGCCUGAUUGCGGCCUAUCUAGGCCUUCGGAGCUGUGAUGAGGGCCAGUUUACUGUAUGCGAGUCGCUCGAGUUUCAGGCCUUUAGUGCCGGCGUGACGCUGCUUAUCCGACUUAUUUCGAAUGCGUCCUUGCGAGCGGGAAGCGAAGAUGUCAAUGUUCGCGAUGACUGGGCGCUUAUCGAGGCGCUGACCACAGCGCUGCGACGGACUGCGAACCUCAUGCGGUGUCGCGUCGCCAGUCAGGCCGCCGAAGUGCUUGGACUCCUUACGCAAGCGGCACAGUGUACCUAUACCGGCCCAGACAGAUACAACGUCGUCCUUCCGUACUUUGGCAAGAUCACUAUUACCCGGUCGCGGAGCCAGAGCAUGACCCACCCGAAUGGACGCGGCGAGUACUACCAACAGCAGCAGCAGCAGCAGCCGCCGCAGCCGCCGCCGCCGCCUCCUCCCUCCUCCAGCAUCGUCUCGAUUAGUGCCAACCUCUCCAACUUCGGCCACUUUCCUGGGAGCCCUGAGGGGGAGCUCGGCGGCGAUUGGACGUCGAUGGCCGGCAUUGACAUGAACUUUGAUUGGAUGCAAACAUUCACCUUUGAGAGCGAUAAUAUCGACAAUGACAACAAUGAUAGCAACAUCAACGACCUCCUAUAG